UGGAUGAGUGGAAUACGGUCCAAACCAAUGACUAUCAAAAUUGGUUAUGUAAGUAAAUUAUUGGUUCAUGUAUCCCAAUUAGUGAUGCAGGAAGAAUUAAUUCCACGAUCUUUUAAGUCUUGUCUAAUACACGAAACUACAAUAGACAAAGUUGAUAUUAUGGGUCCAGGAGGUGAUGUUGCUUCAAUUGUUACGAAUCAUAAUGUCUUUCAAAAACCUCAAUCGGACGUCAGCCAUGAAGGAUUUCAAUCAAAUACCAGAAAAUCACGUGUACAUUAUCCAGAUAACGAUAGUGAUGAAGAAUGA